AUGCCUCGAAAAGAACGGAAAAAGAAUAAAAAACGCGCGACAGGUAAAAAAUGCCCUGCUUCACCUACUAAAACUAAUUCUACUUCAGAUACAACAGUUGAGAGUAUCAACGAUCCAAUACAAUGUUCGAAGUUGCCCCCCGCUAGUGUAUUAUCUGUUGAGGCUGAUAGUACUUCGAAAAAAAUCGUUGAGACCGAUCCACUUCUGUGUUCAAAAUUGCCCGCAGUAAAUACUUCCACUGCUGAAGCUAGUACAACGUUUGAUAUAACCGUAAAGAAUGGCAACGAUGCAACUACAUCCUCAAAAUUGCAAACAGCAAGUAUCUUAUCUGGUGAAGCUAGUACAAGUGUAGAUAUAACUUCUACAACCAACCAGUAUCAACAACCGAUACAACCAGUACCAAGUAUUAACGAUCCAGCUCUAAGCUCAAAAUUCCCGACGGGAAAUAUCUCACCUACGAAAGCGAUUGUAAGUUCAGAUUCUUCUAUUAUGUGCGUCAAAGACACAACUCUGUGCUCAUAUUUUCCCCUGGAAAAUAUUUCAUUUGAUGUAAGCUUAGAUACAACUGUUACGAAUAUCGACGAUUCAACUACAUGCUCUAAAUCUUCUACAGAAAUUAUUACAUGUACUGAAAUUAGUACAAGUCCUAAUGUUAAGAAGGUCGACGAUGCAGACCUGUUCUCAAAGUCACUUACAGAAAGCACCUUAUCUGCUGAUAUAAGUACAUGUUCAAAUACAACUGUUAAAAAUGUCGACGAUUCAACUACAUGCUCUGAAUUUUCUACAGAAAAUGUUACAUGUUCUGAAACUUCUACAAGUCCAAAUGUUAAGAAGGUCGACGAUGCAGACCUGUUCUCAAAGUCACUUACAGAAAGCACCUUAUCUGCUGAUAUAAGUACAUGUUCAGAUACAACUGUUAAAAAUAUCGACGAUUCAACUACAUACUCUAAAUUUUCUACAGAAAAUGUUACAUGUACUGAAACUUCUACAAGUCCAAAUGUUAAGAAGGUCCAUGAUGCAAACCUGUUCUUAAAGUCACUUACAGAAAGCACCUUAUCUGCUGAUAUUAGUACAUGUUCAGAUACAACUGUUAAAAAUUUCGACGAUUCAACUGCAUGUUCUAAAUUUUCUACAGAAAAUGUUACUUGUACUGAAACUUCUACAAGUCCAAACGUUAAGAAGGUCGACGAUGCAGACCAGUUCUCAAAGUCACUUACAGAAAGCACCUUAUCUGGUGAUAUUAGUACAUAUUCAGAUACAACUAUUAAAAAUGUUGACGAUUCAACUACAUGUUCAAAAUUUUCAACAGAAGAUAUCACCUCUAUUGAUGUUAGUACUCCCUCAGGCAAUGCCCUUGUUGUCCCGAUUCAUCCAGACAUCAAAAAACCCAAAAAAUUAAGCACAACAGAAUGCAAGUCCUGUAUAGACGAAAAGAUUGUGAUACUUUGGAGAAUUGUGAUAAUCUGUGAAGGGACACAAUAA